GAACCGCUUGAAAAAUCACCUUCUAAUUAAGAUAUUAAUAAGUGACUGUAGUGUAACGGUUAUCAAUAAAGCAAUAAACCGUGUAAUCGCUGUCGUCUUGUAAAAUUUAAGAAAAUACGCGUUAACCAAAACUCGAACAGCAAAAGUCUGCGCUCUUGUUACAAAAACCACAAAAUAAAUAUAUUUUGAUUAUGUUUUGUUUUUAUACAAAACCAGAAAGUUUCACCGGUUCGCGUUUUUGCCCAGUCCCUGUGAUCUUUUAUUAUUGCCCAGUCCCUGUGAUCAGUUAUUAAUUAAAAUAAUUAGCUUUGCAUAAUUGGCAAUAAAUGUUGUAGUAAAUGUAAUACGCACAAAUGCAGUACUUAUUUACACUAAUUGACACACAAAAAAUCACCACUAUGCAAGAUAUUCUGACAACAAAAAUAUAUACUUUGAUCCGUAAAAUAAUUUCUCCUCCCAUAAGCGAAAAAACGUAUGACAUACGAGUCGCCGCACUUCAGUGCGAGGCCAAUAAUGACUUUUAACUGGAGCAAAAUACAUGUGUUUGGUUUCCCAAUUAUUACAUUCGUAUCCGCUCUUAGUUUGUACAGACUGGAUGACUUCAGUUCGACAUUUACACUUUAAGAAUAUAUUCUGGUGCGAAACAUGUGUUUAUUGUGGCUAUUUUAAUAUAUUUUGAGGUACAGUUAUUUUUAAUAUUAUUGGUAUUGUUGAUACCUAAGAGUUCGACAGAAGAAGGAUAAUCUUGCUACAAAUGAUAUCUCCAGUGCAAAAGCGUAUGCAGCUAUACUUGAUGACGGCGAGACCUUAUCAUUGUUUGACCCCAAACAAUUGUCAAUUCAACCGGGCUUGCUUCAACACCGUUAAAUCCAAAAUAUGGAAGGCAAUAUAUAAACGCGGUCUAGACAUCAUUUCACACAACUUAUCAAACGUGAUGUGAACAAAUCAAACAAUGAAGUGGAAUAUGAAAUAUUAUUUGGUUAUUUAAAGUUUUGCUUAAAGGAUGUUUGCAAAUUACUUGUAUUGAUUGUAUUGUUUUGUUGCUUAGCAAUAAUACACGGAGUAGUAGUAUUUUCAAUGAACACAUUGCUUAAACAAAUAGAACAUACAUACAUUAAAUUAGAACAAUUCAGGUAUGGUUUUACGCUUGAGUUUCACACCAUUUUUGAAAAGUUAAGCUCCCUCAAAACAGAGGAAAAAAUAAGUGGUAAAGUUGAGGUCACUACUGACACUAAAGAGAAGAUACUAGAGAAAUUGAAGGAUAUGUGCGAUUAUACCAAACAAGGACAAUACUCUAUGCUUAAAGACUUCUAUCUAGAUUUACUUCAAAGUAGAACACAACACCAACCAUCUACAGAAAACUUUAUCAAACAUGAAAUCGAUGAAUCAGUAUUACAUGAACUUUAUUGUCUCAUCUCGGACCAAGACAAAGACAUCGUUCUAAAACGUGCUAAAGACUCUUUAUUGAAACGGAAAAAUCUUAAUGUGAAAGUAAAUCGUCUAGAAUUAGAUGGCCGAGAGGCAGACCUAAGAAGAUAUAUCAUAGAGGUUUGGCAGGAUAAGUCUCAAUUACCUGUAGUACGUUCAGUCAAAAUAUCACGAAGACAAUUAUUAGAACAAACAAAAAACAAUUAUCAAAAACUUGAACAAGACAAACAUGUUCUUUCUUGCAGCACUGGCUUUUAUCAAGAUACUGUUUGCAAAGAAAAAAUGUCUAAAAUUGUACGAAGAUUAUUUACACACCAAAAAGCAUUUCAUAAUGAUAUUUCAAUUCAACGAACAUACAUACGUCUUUCGAAGAAACUGGACCUAAGCAAUAAUAUAGAAAGUCCAGUGACCUAUACCAAGCACUGGUCUGUAUUUGACGUGAAUAAUAGUGACAGCACUGUUGAAAGAGCGUUAGCGGAGCUAACAAGUGUGAUAUUUAGGUCAGGGAGUGAUUCUAAUGUUAUUUCGACAUUGAAAAAUGUUGGUUUAUUUGAACAUGUUGAAAGCACUGUUGAAAGAGCAUACGGGGCGCUUAAAAAUAUGUCAUUAAGGUCAGAGAGUGAUUCUUAUUUAUGUUCGACAUUAAAAAAUGAAUGUUUAGUUGACGCUGUAAAAAUUUUCGAGUUCGAAUGUUCAGAAAACAAUUUUGCGCAGACAAAAGUGUCGCUUGCUGAACGUCGUGAUAAACUAAAAAACAUUAUGUCAAUGAUAUCAAAUAACAAUCUUACAUCUAGCAAAUUGAGGACAGAUUAUGUAAAACAUAAUGAAGUGAUGCCUAUGGUAGUUGGAAUUUUGAACCAGGAAAAUGUCAAACUAAAUGAGAAUAAACAUUAUCUCUUAGGGUAUAAAGAUAUUGUGUUAAACGUUAUUCUAGCUCAGGUGUUCGAAGACGCACUGCGGGCUUCUUCUGUUCAGAGUUUUUCGCUAGAUGUAACGUAUUUGCAUCAUCGGGACUGCACGUAUGUGAUCGGGUUACCUAUUUACAAAGGUGGAUAUAUAUCCAUGCUUGACCUCCAAGAGAGUAAGGAACUACCAGUGGAUACGGCAUUUACAUGUGUCAACGUGUGUUGUUUCCUCGAUUUUAUUAGCAUUAUCUAUGUUUAAUCAUAGCAAUGAUAAUUUUUUAGAAACAUUAUGAGAAGAGGAAUUCUUAUUUAAAUCUACUGGCACUAGUAUAUGAUUCAAUCAGUUUUCCACUAUUAUUGAAAUCAUCGUUUGCAUCAGUGCGGCAAUUUUAUCAUGUGCAUACACCGUUUGAAAAAAAUGUAUUUAAAAAAUAUUUUAUUUUCAGAAAAGAUAUUGUCGUAAAGAAUAUUGUAAUUGCGUAACUGAUAGUUCCUUUUAUUCAUGUUUGUCCAAGUAUUGUAUCACAUCUUCAUCUACUGCUUCUACAUGAGCGGCAAUGCUUUAGAUCAUUUUUACCAGGUUUUAGUUUAGAAAACGAAAUUUCGAUACGCUUACUUUGUGUCUAUUAAAUCAUUUUUUUUAUUCAAUAUAAAACAUAUAAUGUUAACAUGUGCAUAAGCAAGAACAAAGUUUUAACAUGCAGCAAUGAUUAUGUUUAACAUAUUAUACAAUAUAUGCUAAUAUUUAUUUAAAAAAAUACCUUGUGUUUUUCUUUAAAUAUAAUGAUUGUUGGUUUGUGGUUUUUUUGCUUUGUAUGUUUGUGAUAAAUGGUUUUUAAUAUAUAAUAAUUAAACUAUAUAUGAGUGGCAUAAAGUGGGGUAGAUAACCAACUGGACUAGAUUAUGAAAAUUUAUUUUGUUUCCAUUUUUGUUCAAAAAUGUUAAGUGUAUCGUUGUUGAGGGCUAUUUCUUUUUCAAUUUGGAUCUUAAGUUUUAAAUAAUUUAUAAAACAGUUCAAAGUAGGUUUUUGUUUUUUAUAUUUCAUGCUGAAUAUGAAAUAUUUAAUUAAUAUAAUAAUGUGGUUAACAGUGUUAUUAAUUUCUGGUAUUUUAAAAGUAUUUGCACCGAAACUGAUAUUUAAGAGAGACAGUUUUAUUCUUAAUUGUAGUUUCUCUAGAAAAGUUGUCGAUUGAUUCCAUAGAGAUUGAAUUCACUCCCAGAAAGGUGUUCUAUUUUUUUUUUCAAUAUGUUCACAACACAUAUCACAUAGAUUAGUGUUGGAUAGGUUGCACUUAAAAAGAUAUUUAUUUGUAGCUAUGAUUCUAUGGAUAUAUUUAUAUUGAAAAUUUCUCAGUGUGCUAUCUAUAGUUGUUUUAUACGGCAUGAUAAAUAUUUGUUUCCAAUUAAAAAAAAAUUCUCCAAGAAGGUUUUGCCAUUUAGUUUGAGAUUUGGAGAUUUCGGCAGGGUUUUUAAUUUGAAGUGUGUAAAAUAUUUUGUUCGUUUUAUUUUGUUUUGCAGUUAUGUUUUCUACGAAUGUUUUUUGAGCACAUGGUGUGUUAUUUGUAUUGGUAGCAGCUUUAAUAUGUAUGGGUAUACUUUUGAUCAAUGUGUAGUACAUCAGGAAAUUACUUGUAGGUAUUCCGUAUAUGUAGCAUAUGUUUUCAAAAGAAUAGAAGUCGUUUAUUCUGUAGUCGUACAAUUGAUCUACAUAUUUAAUGUUUUGUUCAAACCAAUGUUUAUAGAAAAAACGUUUUAUUGUUUGUAGUUAUAUUUUUAUUGUUCCAUAAAAUAAUUUUACUGUUUAUUUUGGUUUCUAAAUUAUGAGUAACUUUACACCAUGCCGAUAGAACAUUCGAUAGAAAUAUGUUUUUGGUUGAAAUUUCAUCUAAAACAUUAUUGUAAAUAUCACAUUUAAAAAGUAAGGAGUCACCAUAUUUUUUUUAAAGAUUUUCUGGUAGAAUAAUUUCAAUUUACUCGUAUUGGUAUUAUCUAGGUAUCUUUUAACCCAGCCGCAUUUGAUUGCAUUCAAGAAUGAGUCAAUGUCCAUUAAUUUGAUACCUCCAUUUUCUACAGAUUGAAUUACUUGAGUUCGUUUAAUUUUAUCAGGUUUACCGUCCCAUUUAAAAUCAAAUAUUUCUGAUUUUAUGUCUUCAAUAAUAUAAUUUGGUGGGUUUGGGAGAACUGUUAGUGUGUAAAUUAAUUUAGGGAGCGCAAACGUUUUCAACACGGUGUUUUUUACGAUUAAAGUUAGUUUACGAUGCUGCCAUGAUUUUAAACAAUUUUUUUUUUUGUUAUUUAGGCAAUAUGUUUUUUAGAAUUGUUUCAUUUUCAUUGUUUGUAAAGGUUAUUCCUAAUGUUGUUGCUUCAUCUGAUGUCCAAUUAAAUUUCAUUUCUUUUUUAAGAUGAAUAUUAUUUUGUUUAAAUUUACCUACUCGUAGCACAGUGCCUUUACUUUUGUUUAGUUUAAGACCCGACGUCGUUCCGAAAAGGGUUAGCGACUCUAUUAGGUUAUGAAAUUAGUCACUAUUGUCAUUUAAGAUAUAUAAGUUGCAUCAUCAGCAAAUAGGGACUGUUUAAUUUCGUCGUCAGGUUCUAAUGAUAUGCCUUUUAUAUGUUUAUUUGAUUGCGUGUGAUGUGAUAGAUACUCGAUGCAUAUAAUAAAUAGCGAUGAUGAGAGUGGACAUCCUUGUCGUACCCCUCGUUCGAUGCUAAAACUGUUUGAGAAGAAGCCAUUGUUAACGAUUAUACUGUUAAUAUCGGUGUAGAACAGUUUGACCCAUUGAAUGAGACUUUCACCAAAGUUCAUAUUUUCUAGGCAAGAGAACAUAAAUGAAUGAUUAAGUAAAUCGAAUGCCUUUUCAAAGUCUGCGAAGAAUAUUAGACCAGAAUUAUUUGUAAUGUUAAAAUAGUUUAUGCAUUCUUGUAUAAGACGAACGUUUUCACCAAUGUAACGUCUUUUUUUGAAACCAGAUUGAGAUCUUGAAAUGAUUGAUGGUAAUAUCUUUUGAAUUCUGUUUGCUAUACUUUUAGUUGCUAUUUUAUAAUCGUUGUUCAAUAAGCUAAUUGGGCGCCAGUUUGACAAGGAUUCUAAGUUUUUUCCGGGUUUUGGAAUGAGUGAUAUUAUACUUUGUUUUUGAAGCGCAGUUAAACUUCCGCUGUUAAAUGAAUAAUUUAGUGAAUUGGUUAAAUGUGUUUUAAUAUCGUUCCAGAAUAUUUUAUAAAUCUCGAUAGUGAUGCCAUCAGAUCCCGGGCUUUUGUUAUUUUGCAUUUCUUUAAGAGCUAAUCCACAUUCAUAUUCAGUCAGUAGUCCGUUGCAUAAUUGUUUUUCCUUUUCAUUUAAAGCAUGAUGUGUAUUUUAAAAGAGGGUGUUAUUUUCGACAUUCUUUCGUUUGUAGAGGUUUUCAAAAAAUAGACGUUGUUCUUCUAGUAUUUGAUUUCUGUUUGUUAUGUCUUUGCCGUCGACUUCUAGUUUGUGUACCGUUUUUUGUUCGCUUAUACGUUGUUCAAUAUUUGCAAAGUAUUUUGUAUUUUUUUCAUUGUGUUCAACAUGCUGUGCCCGAGCUCGAAGAAUUAUGCCAUUGAGGUGUGUAUGAUAGCUUCCUUCUUAUAUUUGUUUUUUUUUGCAGCAAUUUCAUCUUCAAUGGCGGUGGUACCAUUUUUGUUUGUUUCAUGCAAUUGUUUUUCAAAUGUUUCAUUGAUUUGUAUGGUUUUAGUUUCAAGUUUUUGUUUGUUUCUUUUUGUUUAAAUGACGUGUAUCUUAUUGUUGUGUUACGUCUAUUACCUUUAAUUAUUUCCCAUAAGGUGUUAGGGUUUGCAUCUUUGUUGUCUUGGACUGUAUUGGUUAUUUCCUGUUUUAUUUGCGUUUUGUAUUGUUGAUCUAAUAAGAUGCUAUUAUUAAGUUUGAAGUAUCCUGUUCCUCUUUCAGGUUGUAUUUUAUGCAGUUUAAGUUCAACUAGCGAGUGGUCAGUCAUAAAUCUUGGUUUAAUGUUGCAUGAGUCAAUAAUAUUGCACAGUGACUCAGAUAUUAAAAAAUAGUCUAGUCUGCAAAAUAUUGUUGGUUUUGUGUUUGAGUGCCAUGUGAAUUUGCUCUCAUUCGGAUUAACUGUACGCCAGAUGUCUAUCAAAUUGUAGUUUUCAAUUAUACUAUUCAGAAUAUUUCUAUUUUUUGAGUGAGUAUAAAGGUUUCCAUUCCUUUUAUCUAAUAAUGUGUUAAGAACAAUAUUGAAAUCACCUCCGACUAUAAUAUUUUUAUCUUGGUUAUUAAUUAUAAAGGAUUGUAAUGUUUCUUAAAAAUUGGAUUCCUUUAUGUUAGGACCGUAAACGUUAAUUAAUGUUAAUUGUGUUUCGUGUAUUUUUAUAUCUAUACUAGCUUGUCUACCAGUUAUUAUUUCGUUAAAGUUUUCAACUGUGAUCCCUAUAUUAUUUUUAAUCAGAAAGGCAAUGCCUUGUUUAUUAGUAUGUUGUCCACUAAGAUAGAUGUCUCCGUCCCAUUAAUCUUUUAUGGUUUGUGCUAAAGUAUGUAUUAAGUGACAUUCUUGUAAAAGGCAUAUGCUAUAUAUAUUUUUUUCAUCUAACCAUAUGAAGAUGUUUA